AUGGUGGUGCAAAGGAAUUGGAAUAACAUAAAUGCGUCGCAGCAGAGCCCAGUUUCCGAAAGUUCUACUAGUUCGUGGAGCUUUCAGCCUCCUUCCAAAGCUACAAGCGUACGGCCCAGCAUAAUUUCCACCAUGCAGACGAAACAACCAAUUACUAGACAGAUAGCUAUAAACACCCUUGCUGCUAUGCACAGAAGGUUCAGUCUCCCAGGACCAGUACAGCCACAUUCAAGGCCUAUAGCAGAGUUCAGAGCUAGUGCUAACAAGUCACUAGACAUGUUGCGCCAAACAAUACAAUCAGCAGUCACUAGAGAAAUUGAUCAAGUCAUUAAGAAAUAUUUGGAGGGGUAG